UAUUCUGUUUAAGUAAAAGUUAUUCUGUUUGUGGACCAAUUUUCACCAACGUGUAGCAGCAUCAACUCAAAUGUUUACAAACAAUCAGACUUGUUUCAGAAUACACCGGGAUAAAAAUGUCUACCGCUGCAAGGUUGGUCCAAUACGUGGUGGUUAAUGGUGAAAUUGCAAAAACAUGGCCUAAGGGAGCGGUGAUAGCACAAUGCUGCCAUGCAGUUUCCGCCGUGGCACAUCUCUACGCUGCGGAUCCGGACACAGUGGAAUACUUUAAGGAUAUUGACAAUAUGCACAAGGUGGUACUUGAGGCACCGGAUGCCGACAAGUUGCUCGGUUUGGGUGAGGUGCUAAAGCAGAACGAAAUCGAGCACAAACUGUGGAUCGAGCAGCCGGAAAAUGUGCCCACCUGCAUCGCGCUGAAACCCUACAAGAAGGAAGAUGUUCAGAAAUAUGUAAAAAAGUUCAAACUGCUCAGCUAGUCAGUAGCGACUGUGUACGAGAAGUUUCCCAAAAGGUUUAUUACUUAUUGAAUAUACAGAUAUCGUUUGCUUUAGCGGUUACGAAUAAAUAAUGGAGAAUUUCUCAGAAGUGAAAUAUACGAAGGUUUAUCAUUUG